GUCCGUAGCGGAGCUCGUAGCAAGCGGGCGGGCCUACGAAGGGUCUACGCCGUAGCAUUGUUUUUGCAAAAAUCAACAUUUCUCUAUUAAAAUUACUAGUAGUGAUGUUUGUAUGUGUUGUUUAGUUGACAGUGGGUGUGUAUGUAGGUGUUGGUGCAAAGAUAUCGAGUGUGGUGUUGUGUAAUUUUGGUGUUAACAAAAGGUUUCCGUGGCGUGAGAUAACGUUAUUUUUUCACUGGUUUUCUGUGUUUUAUCCGCAUGUGAUGUGAUCAGAUCUGACUAAGGAAUAUGUUGUGCGGUGUCCGUGGUUGAACACAAGCGGUGCCGCAGAAGCUGCGCGGCUGGCGUCGCAAGCGCCGGCUGUGGCGCGUCCGCGCGUACUCAAUGAUCGCGUGCGUGCGCUGCGACAGCUGACAUGACCUGAAUGACGUCAUGUCCACUAAAAAACAUUCGCCGCAACCUAAACGCUCAGAGACGCUAAGCGGGCGGCUUUCAAAGUCCGCUUCAGAGCUAUCAUGCGCGCCCGCCGCCGCCGCCUCCCCGCCCCGCGCCCGCUCCGCUCAUCACCAUACACCACUAUCUGUAGUACAUAGGACGCAGCAUUUCUUCACUAAUCUAAAGAGCCGCUGGCAACGCAGCCGCAGCCGGGAGCGAUGUCCAGCCGGCACCAUGUUCACGCUCGCCCCGGGGCCGGACAGCAGCGGCACGGAGUACGCCGGAGACCAGAGCUCGGAGCACAGCACGCCUGCCAACUCACCACGACAUAGGAUGAAGAGAGAGUCUGUGACCCGUCAGGUGUCGACUGAUCCAGCGCCGUCCACUUCUGGCACUCCCGCGCAUUACCCUCGACCACCACCCACCGAAUUAUUGCAAUUGGAACCAGACGAAGGACAAAGACUAAGAGAGCAGCAAUUGCGAACAUUCUCGUUCUUCCAACUGAGGGUACAUUUGAAAAGAGGCCAAAACUUAGUAGCUAUGGACAAAAAUGGUUUGUUGUCAGGCACGAGUGAUCCCUACGUCAAGUUUAAGGCUGGGGGCAGACUGCUGCACAAGUCGAGGAUCGUGUAUAGAGACCUCAAUCCAGUGUGGGAUGAGUGCUUCACUGUGCCUAUUGAAGAUCCCUUCCAGCCAGUGCAGAUAAAGGUCUUCGACUACGACUGGGGUUUACAAGAUGACUUCAUGGGUUCCUGUCACCUUGACCUGACCGCUUUGGAGCUUGGUCGGACACAGGACCUGGUGCUCUGUCUCCGAGACCCUGGGAAGCCUACUCAAGAUAUGGGAGAGAUCGUGCUGAAUGUGACGCUGUGGCCAAAGUCCCAAGAAGAUAAAGAACAGUAUUUAAUGAAGAACACGAGGCUGAGUGAUGUGAACAAACGGCUGAAGGCGCAAAUAUGGAGUUCAGUGGUCACCAUCGUGCUGGUCGAAGCUAAGAAUCUUCCCGCCAUGGAUCUAGAUACUAGAUCUAGCGACCCUUAUUGUAAAUUUAGGUUAGGUAACGAAAAAUACAAAAGUAAGGUAGUUUGGAAGUCUUUACAUCCCUCAUGGCUGGAGCAGUUUGACUUGCACCUGUAUGAUGACCAGGAACAAAUACUGGAGGUCACGGUCUGGGACAAGGAUAAACAGUCUAAAGACGACUUUAUUGGCAGAUGUGCAAUAGACUUAUCAAGAUUAGAAAGAGAGAAAACACAUAAUAUAUGGAAGGACCUGGAGGAUGGGAAUGGACAAAUAUUUCUGCUGCUUACCAUCAGUGGCACGACACAGUCGGAGACCAUCACAGACCUCAGCAGUUACAAGGAGAACCCGAGAGAUAGAGAAAUUGUUGAGAGGCGAUAUACAUGGUACAAUCUAAACGAACAAUCGAGUGGCGUUGGAUGGCUUUGUGUCAAAGUAUACGGAGCUAAAGGACUGGCAGCUGCAGACUUAGGGGGUAAAUCUGACCCCUUCUGUGUGCUGGAACUGGGGAACGCAAGGCUACAGACACACACGGAGUACAAGACGCUAACACCGAAUUGGAUGAAGAUCUUUACGUUUACAGUGAAGGAUAUCACAUCAAUACUAGAGAUAACAGUAUACGAUGAGGACCACGACCAUAAAGUGGAGUUCCUCGGGAAGCUGGCUGUUCCACUGCUGAACAUCAGGAACGGGGAGAAGCGAUGGUACGCCUUGAAGGACAAGAAGAUGAGAGCGCGAGCGAAGGGGAACUUCCCACAGAUACUGUUGGAGAUGCUGGUCAUAUGGAAUCCCUUGAAGGCAGCGAUAAGGGCAGUGAACCCGAAGGAACCGAAGUACAUGCAUCAGGAGGCGAAGUUCAAGAGACAGCUGUUUAUACGAAACGUAAUGAGACUGAAAGCUAUCAUCAUGUGGUUUAUAGAAGUUGGGAAGAUUUUACAAGACUGUUUUGAAUGGGAAUCGAGAAUACGUUCGUUCUUAGGCCUGUUGUUAUGGCUCGCCUUCUGUUAUUACUAUGAGAUGUGGAUGCUGCCUCUACUGAUCUUAAUGUUCUUCGGUAGAGCCUGGCUUAUUUAUAGACUAACUGGAGGCAAUCCUCUGUUGGUGCCAGUGGAUGAUGAGGAUCUUUUAGCUGAGGAAGAUGAUGAAGACGAAGCUGAUAAGGAGGAAAAGAAAUCGCUGAAAGAGAGACUGCAAGCGAUACAAGAAGUGACGCAAACUGUACAAAACGCGAUUGGUUAUGUCGCCUCUCUAGGAGAAGCGGUUAAGAACUUGACGAACUUCACAGUGCCAUAUCUAAGUUAUUUAGCAAUAAUAAUGUUAUUAGGAGCUAUGAUCGUGUUAUACGUCAUACCUUUGAGGUAUCUGCUUAUGGCGUGGGGUAUAAAUAAGUUUACAAGGAAAAUCCUUCGACCACACACGAUACCCAAUAAUGAAGUGUUAGACCUACUAUCGAGGGUGCCGGACGAUGAAACCCUGUUGGACUGUCGAGAACUAAAGCCACACCCAGCGAACGAGCACCGACGGGACGCGAGAAAGAAGCACAAACCUUCGUAACACAGCCCGAAACCGAUCCGCAAACGGGUCCGACAUUACGUGAGGAAUCUCGGCAAUAAGUUCAAUACGUAGAUCUAGCUAGAUAGUCUAGGAACCCUAGGAAAUUACUGGAAAGCUGCUGGUCAGUGUCAGGUAUAGAAUGAGGAUCCUUUACUUACACACUGCAUUUUACCAACAUUGUGUAGAUGGGCAGUACAAUCAAUUCGUUUCUGGGUCAACCUCUGAAACUGUGUGCGUUUGUGUGAUCACUCUGGCGUUUUUCAGAUAUAAAUAUUUAAUGGUAAUUAUGUAUCUCAUUAAAAAUAAUGAUAUUUAACUCUUUGACUGUCAAUAGAAAACUGUUGAAGGCAAAUCCUCCGCUAACGUCGGUCACCAGUGACCACCACGGCGUUCAAUGUGUUAAAUAGUAUAUUUUUGUUAUUUUCAAUGAGAUACAAAAUUACCGUUAAAUAUCUAUGUCUUAAUAGCACCAGAGCGAUCACCCGAACUCGCCAGUUUACCCUAUUGCGCUCUCUAAAUGGCACUCCUGUCGAGUAGAGGAACAGUCUAAAAGAUCGUUGAUUUUAUCUUGUCUUGAUGAAGUGUAAUUAAUUGAAGACACUUCAUUUUGGUGUUUAUAAUCUAUGAUCAGCAUCAGCUUGUCUAUACAAGUAAUAAAAGAGGAACACAAAUACAUUUUAAUUCCUGUUCAUCUACAUAAUGUUCUUAAAAUGUAUGAUUUCUUUUGAUAUUUGAUGUGGCCAAAAAUACACAUUGCUAAAGGUGCUUUUACAAAAAUCGGCUUCUUUGAAAGAGAGAGUAUUCAGAAUUAACUAUGGCUGUGUUAGAAAAAUGAGUCAAUUCGUAUGUGCAAUGUCAUUCUUGUAAAAGGACCUUUACAAUUUGCGAAAUAUGAGAGUAAGCAAGCGUAGUGGUUUAUAACGAAAGUAUCAUAUCUCCUAUUUUUAGGGAUAAGCAAUAAAUACUUAUUGUCGAGAUUGAAUUAAAUGUCGAAAUUAAAAACGUAGAACUUGAAAAAACGUAGAUUUGGGAGUUUUUAAUAAAUAAUUGGCAACACAAAAGGCAGCCAAGCUGUAUUUUAGUUACUUUUUAGUGUGUUGCCAAUUAAAAAUGUAUAAUUAACCUUAUUUAUGUUAUGGCUUCUCAGUUUUUAUUGUAAUUAAGUUUUUACAUCGGAUUUGUAAAUACAUAAAUACCAAAUACUAUUCAUUUGAACAAAAUAUUAUUUUAGGAAAAGUCUGUGAUUUUUAAUGAUCUGUUGUAAUGGCAAAUGUUAAUGUUGUUUUCUAUUAAAUUUAAAUAAUAAUAACUAUGACACCAAAUAUUGUGAGUUUAUAAGCAAUGUUUAUUAUACAAUGCGAACAGCAAUAUUAUAAUUAAAAUUAAGUAAAGUAAAUGUUUCUUCCAUUGUUUUCCAAUUAAUAUUCUUAGCUAGAACAUGCUAGUUGAAAUCUAUUAUAAUGUUUGUUGUGUACAAAACAAGCAAAGUUACAAAUUGAUUGUUACAUAUUUGAACUGCACGCCUUGCAAUUUUAAUAUCAAUUGGGUUAUUGAAAUGAUUACCUUAAUUUAGUGGAAAGAGAACUGUUGACAACACUGGAUAUAUAAAUGUAUUUUCCAACUAACAAUAUUGUUUUGUCUUUAAAACGGAGAGACGACAUAAACAUGGUGUGUAUAUUCAAAUAUUUAACGGAAUUUGCGAAAUGAAAAUAUGAAUGUAAAUACAUAACUGGAGCAACCACUGCGAAACAGUAACGAUUUUAUUCGAAAAUAUGCUCCAAAUUCCUCAUUAGACGUUGCAUUUAAGUCCCAAAUUGUAUAAUAAAAUCCAAUAGAUUAUUAUAUUAAACACGUAGAUAGGAUUUUUUAAUGACGCCAUUUUUGUAAGAAAUGUUACAUUGUUGUGUUUAAUAAUGUUAAUAUUUUAAAGAACAUGAGUAUUUAUGUGAAAAAGAACAUCAUAGAAUAGUUCAUUCCUCUACACCACACGAAUAUAAUAUUUAUAGCAUAAGACUGAGACCAAUCUCAUUAAUUACUUGAGAGGAUAGUAAAACCAUGUUUGUACUUUUAUUCUAGUAGAUUUGUCUGUGUACUGUAUGGAUUCUAUAUUGUAUUUCAGCUUUACUUCGGCUGGUUUCUCAUUCCAAUUUAACUAAAUCUAGUUUACCGCCGUACUCAGUGUCAUUUAAUGGUUACUUAACCCAGUCCUUAGCAAUUGUUUUCGGAACAAAAUCGUUACUAAGGAAUAGUUUAAGUAAUCAUUUAAUGUUUUUGAGUACGGCAGUUAGUGUUAAGACCGGUUUACACAUUUCCAGUCGUUAGAACAGAUUUAUUUUAUUCAAUUCUUUAUUCAAUUGACAGAGUGUUGCCACAUUUUGUAUUGCUAGUACAUUAGCAACAAGAUAUCUUGGUCAAAUCAAUCGAGGGACUGGCCGUUAACGUCUAGGGCAAGUGACCCGGUUGUGGCCAUCGACCCCUUUGUGGCCAUUUGGGCUUUCAAAUAUCUAUAACUAAGGCAUGGACAAAUAAAUUACUCUGUGGUGUACAAUAUUUAAAAUAUUGAAUAUUAGAGACACUGAUACCGUUGGCAGCUUUAAUGUAUCAAACUUCACUUCGAUGCAACAAGUCAUUAUUUUUAGUUGAGGGUGAAAUUGUUAAGAUCUUAAUAAAAAGGCUAAGGCGAGCGGGUGAGGAUUUGGUUUUUAUUUUUUAAAUCUUUGCUUAUUGUUUGGAUGUUUAAGUUAAUACUACAUGAAGAAUAUAUUGUCAAAGUGAAACUAAAGUUAUUUUGUCGCCAUAUGUUUCUUAAGUAAGGUUUUUAGAAGGUGGCCACUAAUGGAGACAAAAUUAUGAAUUUCUCCAUCUUUGGCCACAUGGCUGGCCAAAACUGGUGUACAUAGACACUCCACUUCUUCCCCUUUAUUUUAUCGUGGUUUCUUUUCCUUGGCUUUACAUAUCAACAAAUACAUAUUUUUCAUUUUCAGAGAUGCAAUAAAUUGCCUUCACACAAAGGGGAGGUCAGUUUACUUUGCAGCUUUUACCAACGUCAUAUAAAUGUUGAUCUCUUUAUUUGUAAGUUAAAUUAAAGUGAAGUAAUAAUAUUUCAUAUUUUCCAAACUAAAUAAAAAUCAUAGUUUGUAAAAUGUCUAAUUUAAUUAAUAAAUUUUGAUUACUUUUAUAGUAUUUUUUGAUGGCCAGAACUGGCACACGACCGUGGCCAGAAUUGGCACGAAUCUGGCCAAAAAUGGCACAAACUCCCUUUUUUUUUCUUUUUUGUACAGUUAUUUUUCUAUUGGACGUUCUUAAAAAAAGGGUUUUCUUAGGCAAGGUUAAUACAUGUUAAAUGACUUUUUACAAGAAAUAUGUUCGUGAUAACAAAAACUAUAAGUUAAGAAAGCCUCAAAGUCGACAAAAUUCUUAAAGUGGCCACAACCGGGUCACUUACGAUAUUUUAAUAAGUGAAAUCAAUUUGACAGUUAGUAAACUUAAAUUUUACCAAUUUACUAAUGACUGGAAAUGCGUAAAUGAGCCUCUAGAAUAUCACCGACUACUACUUAAUUCUCUUCUUGAUGUCUUCGCCCGUGUCACAAUAUUUAUGAAUGUCUAAAUUAUUUAAGUAUUUGUCUUGGAGUUCUCGCACAAUCAUGCACAAAAUUGUCUCUUUGAAAUAAAAAUCUGUGAUGUCAUUGAUCCUAUAUACAUAGUUAGUUUUCGAAUCUUGCCAACUGAAAUUUAUUCUAGUUUGUCACAAGCGUCUAAGUAAGUACUUGGGCAAAGUUAUGUGCAAAAUGUGUGAGACAAAUUAUUAACCUAUGUAAGCUUUGAAUGCUUUCCUUUUCUAUGUACUAGCUGUACUUGUGUCUUGAAUGUGACCUCUGUUAAAACCUGCAUUUUGAUUUCUUGGCAUUUCUUUUGACUAGACUAUAAAUGAUAAUAAAAUUAUCAAUCAAGCCUUUAUACCCAACAUAAUCAUUGUAAAUUAGAAAACAAUCUACAAAGGACAGAUCUAUAGGUAUUUUCCUUUCGUAAACUAUUUUUAUCUAGUGAUUAAUCCACAUCCAAAUGGCCAUGACAAUCAUUUUGUUAAUUACUUCAUAGAUACGAUCGCAUUAAUAAAUACUUGGACUUUUACCAACUAAUUAAAGAGACAAUUAUUUUUAAACUAGUCAUUUGCUUUUUUCAAGACUAUGUUCCUGACUUGUACGGUUGAAAUUACGAUGUUAGUAUGCUUGUGUGUUUCUGAGUUUGAAGUCCCUAGCUAUGAUUACGACAGAUAAACAGUUGCUAAGUCAGAAUUAUUGUUUAAUAGAUUCUUAACUCUAUAACUAAGGGAUAAGGUUGAAAAUCUAUUAAAAAGAGACCAAAUCCUUUCGUAAUCAACGUCGGGACUUUUAUUCAAUAAAACGCCUAACAAGACAUGUUUAAGUUUCAAUCACAUAGCCAGUCCAAUCGUUCCAUGACGUGAAUUUAUCCGCACUUCAGGUAUUACAAUUUCUGAAUAGAUGUGCUGUUAUUUUUUUCACUGGCUUUUUAACUGUACUGUCUUAGCUGCUAGUCUCGUGUUCAACGAGCCCUUAGAUGUUAAGAUUAAUUUGUAAGAUUCCUGCACAGCCUGCACAGAUCUCUAUGGUACAAUGCACCAAGCACAUGUCAUUAACUUACCUAAAUAUAUUUUGUAUACCAGUGUAUUUGUGAUAUAAACAGUAAUAAUAUUCUUGUUAUGAAUGAAAUUAUUAUUAUUGCGUUGUUGCUAAUCUGUCCUCGGUAUUUUAAGGGUGGCCAAGCUACCGAAACGAUGUACAAUUUGUAGUACCUAUCUACCUAUAUCAAUUUUUCUAGGGUAAGGAGACGUUCGAUCACCAUGGCCGAUUUGAAUUAAUAUAUUGAGACGAUUUGUCAUUUAAAAUUAGAAAACUAUAACUACAGAAUAUAAUUAUAAUAGUUUGUGAUUGAUCGUUUCUGAGCCCUUCUCUCUCUCCCUCUACAUUUAGCAAAAGAGAUUGGUAUGCAGACUAAAAUUAUAUAAAACUUGAAAAAUUUAAUUUCAAUCUGUACCCUUAGUACGAGUAAAAGAAAAGAGAGCGCGUUCUAAUUGGCGCGGCAUUCCGAUUGGCCGAUGCGAAUGAACUAACCAAUCAGAGCGCUGCACGCGCUCUCGUUUCGUUUUCGUUAAACGUAAAGCAAACUCAGUUAUUCAAUGUCUAGUUAGAUGUUUAUGUGUUAUGUUGAUCAAAUUGGCUAUGAGCCAACAUAAAAAUAUGACCUCCAUAUUAGUCUCUUCUGCUAACUGAUCCUUUCAACUUCAAUUACUUAGAUACGAAUUCGGAUAAUAAAGAUACGUAGAACAAAAUUUAUCUACUUCAGUAUCUAAUGAAAUUACUUACUGGUCCUUGGCAAACUCUUUUGUCUUCAAUACAACAGAAAAAUAUCGAAAUGUACCUACGCUUAUAAUAGCUUAUCAAAUUACCUAUUACCUCCUGUCCAUUUCAAUGUAUCAAAAAUAUCAAAUAAAAUAAUAUUUUUAUGAAGCACAAAGAUAAUCAUGUUAACGCUUUCAUAUUUUAACGAAUUAAAAAAAUAAUGACAAGAUAUCA